CUGGCGGUCAAGUCUGGUCGCUCUGGGGCUUUUUCUAUGACCACCAAAAUUUUCCUUCUUGGUAGGAGUUGGGUAAUGGGACCCACCAACCGCGUCUUACAACCAUAACCCACUACCAUUCACCAUCAUUCGGCGGAUCUUCUUCUUCCAUCCUCUUUCAUUUUCUCUUCUCCUUUGCUUACUAUAUAUAUUCUCCAACGCUCUCUUCCCCCAGACGCACAAACAGAGCACCCCAUUCUUAACUCGGCAUAUGUCUCAAAGGCCCUACGUUCCUCAUUCUUCCUCCAUAGGUUUUGGCCUCCAUUCUCAUCUUCUCGUUUCCACUUAUAUGAAACCCAACUCCUACUGGUCCUAAACUCCUUUUUUGUUGUUCGACCAACUCUCAAAAUCCCACAAACAAUUUUGAGAAACCCAGUUGAUUUUGAUCUUGAAUUGGAUUUUUUUUUUAAUUAUUAUUUUAUUGUCUUUUGACAAUUUUACAAUAUGGGUAUCAAAGGUUUUGUUGAAGGAGGUAUAGCUUCCAUUGUUGCAGGAUGUUCGACUCACCCUCUGGAUCUCAUUAAGGUCCGAAUGCAACUCCAGGGUGAGAAAGGCCAUGUCCAAAACCCACACCGGAUUCAAACUCUCCGUCCCGCUUUCGCUUUCCCGUCAACUUCUGCAACCAUGGUUGCUCCAGGAACAACUACUCUCCACGUUCCUCCGCCGCCGCGUGUCGGACCCAUCUCUGUCGGCGUGCGUAUCGUUCAAAAGGAAGGGGUGGCCGCUUUAUUUUCCGGCGUCUCCGCCACCGUCCUCCGUCAAACACUCUACUCCACAACCCGAAUGGGCCUCUACGACGUCCUUAAGCAGAAGUGGGCCGACCCGGAGUCCGGAAACAUGCCGCUGACCCGAAAGAUAGCGGCAGGGCUAAUAGCCGGCGGAGUGGGUGCCGCCGUCGGGAACCCGGCCGACGUAGCCAUGGUCCGCAUGCAGGCCGAUGGCCGGCUCCCGCCGGCGCAGCGCCGGAACUACAAGGGCGUCGGCGACGCCAUUUCGCGGAUGGCGAAGGCAGAAGGCGUUGCUAGCCUGUGGCGCGGUUCGACGCUUACGGUGAACCGCGCGAUGAUCGUGACGGCGUCGCAGUUGGCGUCAUACGAUCAGUUCAAGGAGAUGAUAUUGGAAAAGGGUUUGAUGAAGGACGGGCUUGGGACCCACGUAACGGCGAGCUUCGCCGCGGGGUUUGUAGCGGCGGUGGCGUCGAAUCCAGUGGACGUGAUAAAGACAAGGGUGAUGAACAUGAAGGUGGAGUCCGGGGAGAUCCCACCUUAUCGUGGGGCCGUAGACUGUGCCUUGAAAACUGUGAGGUCGGAGGGUCUUAUGGCACUCUACAAGGGCUUUAUUCCUACUAUUUCUAGGCAAGGACCUUUCACGGUGGUUCUGUUUGUGACUCUUGAGCAGAUUAGGAAGAUUUUUAAGGAGUUCUGAAUUUGGGGUAAAAGACGAUGACGAUAGAGUUUUAUUGAUUAGCUUUUUUGUUUUUUUUUUAACCAAUUUUGAUUGCAAUUUAACAUUAAAAUGUUUGGGGGUUUUUAUAUUUUAAAGAUUUUGAAAAAUUUACUCA